AUGCGAAUUGGCAUUAUAGGCGAGACUGGGCAAGGCAAAUCUUGCCUUAUCGGAAGUCUGUUAGGCGACGAGGGUGUUGUUCAAACUGCAAAGAGUGGCGAGAGCCUGACCAGAGUGAUUCUGGAGUACCAUCACUGGGCCGAUCACGAUUCACGCUUCAAGUACCGCGCUAUUAUCUCUCUCCUCCCGUGGGAAUCUGUACAGAAGCGGAUCGAGACGUACUUCGAACACUGGAACCACGGGCUUUUGUCACAUCAAGACGAGAGCGAGCAUGAAGAUGAAGAUGAAGAUGGAGAACAAAGCCCAGAUCCUGCAGGCCCAGAUUCUCCUGGGGCAGAUACGGAAACAGCUACAGGGUUUUUCCAAGCACUGUUCCGUGGAGACCCCCAUUUUGAAGACGAGGAGACUAUGAAGGAGUACCUGUUGAGCAGUGAACGGUCACCUGUGCGACAUGAUAUACGAGAUCAGCUCAUCAGGCGCGCUCGCGACAUGUACGACGAGCUUGAUUGUCAGGAUACAAAUAUAUACAAACGAACCACCGAAGAGCUGUGGCAUGAGCUUGCUCGAUUCACGCAUGGUCGCUCGGCCGAUGACUCAAGAAGAGGUUGCGACGCUUGGCCCUUCGCCGAAGUUGUCAAAAUCGGCGGCCCCUUUGCCCUAAGCGAGCACAUCAUCAUCGCCGACACGCCAGGUCGAAACGACUUGAAUCGCCUUGCACGUGCCAGCGUGGACGACUAUCUACCGUCUUGUUCGUCCGUCAUAAUAGCAUGCAACAUUAGUCGCAUCAUAUCUGACGACAGCCUCCCCAAUCAAAUUGAGAAGAUCCAGCGUCACCGUCCUGUGACAGUAGUCGCUACAUUCUCUGAGGACGUUGGCCUAGUCCCCAGCAGGCACACUAAGCUCAGCCCAGGCGAGAAGCAUACGUAUAUGAGGCUUCACGAAAAACUCAAACAGCUCCAAAACGAAGAGUUGGACCCGUCCGCCGCUGAAGCUAUACUACGCAACCAGUUGAAGCAAAAGCAUGUUAAGAAAGCGUACGUGUAG